AUGUUCAUGGGAGCAGAUAGAGUAAAGACUGCCAGGAUUCAGAUUUUGAAAAUAGAAUUCGAGGCACCGAAUAUGAAAGAGACAGAGGGUGUUGAUGAGUUUGCUGCAAAGGUGAUCAAUAUUGUAACCAUUAUGCGUACUUUGGGAGACACGGUAGAAGAAUCCUACGUGUUGAAGAAGCUACUAAGGGCUGUGCCAUCUAAGUUUCUCCAAAUUGCUUCAACAAUUGAACAAUUUGGGGACUUAGAGACAAUGACAUUAGAGGAAGUAAUUGGGAGACUGAAGGCCCAUGAAGAAAGAAUGAAGGGACAUGGGGAGAAUGAUGAAAAGAAGCUGCUACUAACUCACCAAGAGUGGUCAGAAAGGAACAAGAAGAAGACUGAGGGAGAUUACAAAUCUAAGUCAAAUCGAGGAGGAUUUGGAAACUCACGAGCACGAGGCAGAGGAAGAGGCAGAGGUAAUGGUGGUCGUGGCACUCGUGGGAGAGGAGGAUCACACUACCAGAAAAAUGGAGGUCGUGGCUCGACUAGUAACCAAGACAAGAGUAAGGACAACGAGCCUGCACUUCUAUUGUCAUCCUUUGAGCACAAAGAAGAAAGGGGUGAAGUAUUUCUGAAUGAAGAAAAUGUGAAUCCGAAAUUGAAGACAGGAGGUGGAGAAACAAGCCAGUCAAAAGUAUGGUAUCUCGACAUCGGCGCAAGCAAUCACAUGACCGGUGACAAAGAGAAAUUUCGUGAUCUGAACAGGGAGGUGCAAGGAUACGUAAGAUUUGGAAAUGAUGCCAAAGUCAGAAUAGAAGGAAACGGAUCAAUAAUCUUCCAGUGCAAAAACAGAGAGCAACGCAAGCUCCAAGAAGUGUAUUACAUACCCGACUUGUGUAGCAACAUUAUAAGCCUUGGCCAACUAUCGGAGAGUGGAGAUAAAAUCAAAAUAAAAGAGCCAUUUUUGUGGAUACAUGACAAGGCUGGAUGA